UAUCUGCUCAUAUGAUUAGCAAAUGUUCAACCCGUAGCACUUCCUUUUAGAACCGAGAUUUUCAAAGAUGAACAGUGCUCCCAAGCAACCCAUCCAGGCUGUUCAAGUCUACGGACGUAAAAAAACUGCCACUGCUGUUGCUCACUGUAAACGUGGUCGUGGUUUAAUCAAAGUCAAUGGUCGUCCAUUGGAGAAUCUAGAGCCACAGAUUUUACGCUAUAAGCUACAAGAACCAUUAUUAUUGCUCGGAAAAGACCGAUUUUCUGCAGUUGAUAUUAGAGUAAAGGUGAAAGGUGGUGGUCAUGUUGCCCAGAUUUAUGCUAUCCGCCAGGCUAUCUCUAAAGCUCUGGUUGCCUACUACCAGAAAUAUGUAGAUGAAGCGUCAAAGAAAGAAAUCAAGGACAUCCUUGUUCAGUACGACAGGUCUCUACUUGUAGCUGAUCCCAGGCGCUGCGAGCCCAAAAAGUUUGGUGGGCCUGGUGCUCGUGCUCGUUACCAGAAAUCCUACCGUUAAAAUAUAUGUAAUAAACAUGGAAUUUUUCUGAGAAA